AUGGCGCAUGCCUCGCUGUGGACUUCUUCACCUUUAUGGGUGGUGGCCAUUUUCUGCAUCUUGUCUCCAGCGCAGAACUUUGAAAUUAUAGAAAAGGAGGACAUCUACAGCGUUGUUCCCUGCCCUGCUUUUCUACUUUUUGAUUCCGUUGCGUACCUGGCUGACAUGACCUUUGAACUACCCUGCAAUCGCAAACCGGAUAACGUACACUCCGUGGUGUGGUACUACCAAAGGAACUUAGGUGCAAAGGACACGCGCAUUCUUACGAGAAUUACGGCUACCGCCGUGGACAGCAAACGAGGACAGAUUCAGUCCGUUGCCCAUCUCUCGUACGAUAUAAAGAUGUUCAACCUCAUCGUCUUCCAGGCUCAGCCGGAAGAAUCUGGACAUUAUAUCUGCGGCACUCUAGAUGGACAGUACUUCUACGGCUACAACGUGGACAUCCAGCCAUCCAGGGGCGCUCAUAUCACCUUUGCAGACAAGCAUGCAAAUCCACAGCCGGAGCUGAAGAUGAACGACUUCACGGCUUUCACUGCUUUGUGGGAAUGGUCCAAGUGCGACCGCUGUGACGUGAGAGGAGAGCAGAGGAGAUUGGGAAUGUGCUACCUUCAAAGCCCGUACAUUUUCCCAAGGAACCGGGUGAGUAAGGCUGAUGUGGCCCCCUGUGGCUCCGGAGCUGUCCCAGCAAGAUUCAAGCCCUACCUGGCCGACAGGAAAACCGAAAUAUUGAUUAGGAGCUGUGAGACUCCUUGCUACAAAGCCAAAAAGGGUUUCUUCGGGAAGCUGCAAAGCCUGAUGCACAGCCUCUACAAACUGAAGAAGCACAUUCCCUUUAUCCCUAAGGCACCCACUCAGGUACAUACACACGCUCUGGGGGAAAACCUAGUCCUUGCUUGUCCAGAUGCCAAACCACAUCAUUCGGUAGCCUGGGACAAGGAUAAAGAGCGCCUGUACCUUGCAGAUUACCUGAUUGGGCAAAAAGGGUCCAUGCGGGUCUUUAUUGACCAUGGGAACCACCUGAACAUUCAUUCCGUCGAACGCGGUGACAAAGGCAUAUACUACUGCUGGCUGGACGGUAAACUGAAGGCUGGAUUCCGCCUUAAUGUGGUGAGAGACCCGCUGAAGCAGCGCAAAUUCACCGACCCGGACUCAAUUUACACCAUGAAGACGAUUGGCCUUACUGCCCUCGGCUGUCUUGGGCUCUUUUUGAUUAUUCACUGCCUGAAGUGCAUUUCGUACAACUUCAGAUGCAUCCCUUUCAUGAACGAUUAA